UAUUAUCAAAAUUACUAUAUUCUAGAGAGAGAAACAGAAAGCUUCACUAUUAAUAAUUCAUAUCCUUUGUGUUUCCCCAAAUUCACACGCUGUGAUGAAUGCUCAACACUGAAAACCAAAUACAUAUAUUUUCUCUUUUAUACAGAAGAAGAAGAAGAAGAAGGAACAGUCUACUUAGAUUUCAUCUGGGUUCGCCAUUUUUCUCUAAUUUAAAACAACCCUUUUAUCCCCUUCUUCUGAUCAAUACUCAGAUUUCCCUAAUUUCUUGUUCCGACGUUCCUGCAAGAUGGGUCUAGAAAAACCCUUCUUUUUAGGGUUUCUACUUCUGGGUCUAUUAUACCCAUCUGCAAUUGCUAGAUUCGUAGUGGAGAAGAACAGUUUGACGGUUACUUCACCUGAUAGCAUAAAAGGAACUCACGAUAGCGCCAUUGGAAACUUUGGUAUUCCUCAAUACGGAGGAAGUAUGGCUGGAGCUGUAUCUUAUCCAAAAGAGAAUCGUAAAGGAUGUAAAAGCUUUGAUGAAGUUGGGAUUUCAUUCAAGGCUAAACCCGGUUCUUUGCCUAAGUUCGUGCUCGUCGAUCGUGGAGAUUGUUUUUUCGCUUUGAAAGUGUGGAAUGCACAAAAUGCCGGAGCUUCAGCUGUUCUUGUUGCGGAUGAUAUUGAUGAAGCUUUGAUAACGAUGGAUACACCUGAAGAGGAUAUCUCAUCUGCAAAGUACAUAGAGAAUAUAACGAUCCCGUCUGCACUUAUUGACAAAAGUUUUGGCGAAAGGUUGAAGAAGGCAAUUGAUAGUGGUGAAAUGGUGAAUGUGAAUCUCGAUUGGAGAGAAGCAGUUCCCCACCCAGAUGAUCGAGUUGAGUACGAGCUCUGGACGAACAGCAACGAUGAAUGCGGAGUCAAAUGCGAUAUGUUGAUGGAGUUCGUUAAGGAUUUUAAAGGAGCUUCUCAAAUUCUCGAAAAAGGAGGAUAUACUCAAUUCACCCCACAUUAUAUAACUUGGUAUUGUCCUCAAGCUUUUACGAUCAGCAAACAGUGUAAAUCUCAGUGUAUAAACCAUGGAAGAUAUUGUGCUCCUGAUCCAGAACAGGAUUUCAGUAAAGGGUAUGAAGGGAAAGAUGUGGUUAUCGAGAAUUUAAGGCAACUUUGUGUUUUUAAAGAAGCGAAUGAUACGAAGAAGCCAUGGAUAUGGUGGGAUUAUGUGACUGAUUUUCAGAUUAGGUGUCCUAUGAAGGAGAAUAAAUAUAAUAAGGAAUGUGCAGAGACUGUUAUUAAAUCUCUAGGUCUUGAUCUUAAAAGAAUCGAUAAGUGUAUGGGAGAUCCUAAUGCCGAUGCUGAUAAUUCUAUACUGAAAGAAGAACAAGAUGCUCAAAUUGGAAAAGGUUCGCGAGGCGACGUCACCAUUUUACCCACACUUGUUGUCAAUAACCGACAGUAUCGAGGGAAGCUGGAGAAGGGUGCUGUUCUUAAGGCUAUAUGUGCUGGUUUCGAAGAAACUACAGAGCCAGCCGUGUGUUUGAGUGGGGAUGUUGAGACAAAUGAAUGUUUGGAUAAUAAUGGUGGUUGUUGGCAAGAUAAGGCAACCAAUGUUACAGCUUGUAAGGAUACUUUCCGAGGAAGGGUCUGUGAAUGUCCUACAAUUGAUGGUGUGCAGUUUAAGGGAGAUGGCUACAGCAAUUGCAAAGCUAGUGGACCUGGACGUUGCAAAAUUAAUAAUGGCGGUUGCUGGCAUGAAGUUAGAAAUGGGAUUUCCUACUCAGCUUGCUUGGAUGCAGCGAACAACAGCACAUGUGUGUGUCCUCAAGGAUUUAAAGGUGAUGGUGUCAAAACUUGUGAAGAUAUUGAUGAAUGCAAAGAUAAAAAAGCCUGUCAGUGCUCUGACUGCAGCUGCAAGAAUACUUGGGGAAGCUACGAUUGCACUUGCAGUGGAGAUCUUUUGUAUAUAAGGGACCACGAUACAUGCAUAAGUAAGAGGUCAACCGAAGUUAGAUCUGCAUGGACUGUUUUCUGGGUGAUUCUUCUAGGAUUGGGCAUAGCUGGAUUUGGAGGAUACCGCAUAUAUAAAUACAGAUUGAGGUCAUACAUGGACUCGGAGAUACGAGCCAUAAUGGCACAAUACAUGCCUUUGGAUAGUCAAUCUGAGGUUCCAAAUCAUGUGAGUGAGAAUAAUCAUGCAUGAAUGAAUGAAUGAUGCCAUGGAAGUUAAGCAUAUUUUUAUGGGGUGAUGUCUGUAAACUAACUACUUCAUAGGACAGUUAAAAUUGCAAAUCAAGAAAUUAUCCUCAUCUUUACUUGUGUGUGAGGAUUGUGAAAUGAUUUAGGAGAUCAGAUACAGUGAAAGAAUGAUUACUAUUUUCUGUUUCAUUCUAUAGUUUUUCUUUUGGUUUGUUUGUUUGUAUUGUAAUAACAUGUACCUUGGUUGCAUAUUUUCAUUUGUCUAGACAACUUUAAAAUUAGGAUUC